AUGCCGCAUACAGUGCAGCUGGCGGAGUACCUUUUCACAAGACUCAAACAGCUUGGCAUCGGAUCAGUCCACGGCGUGCCUGGUGACUACAAUCUGACCUUGCUCGACUACGUGGACCCGGCUGGGCUGCAUUGGGUUGGCAAUUGCAAUGAAUUGAACGCGGGCUAUGCAACGGACGGCUAUGCACGAAUCAAUGGACUCGGAGCUUUGAUCACCACCUUUGGAGUCGGCGAGCUAUCAGCUGUCAAUGCUAUCGCUGGCGCCUACACUGAACUCGCAAAAGUCAUACACAUCGUUGGAACACCCCGGAGAAAUCAACAGGAGACCCGAGCACUGAUCCACCACACAUUGCUGGAUGGCGACUAUCACCAUUUUGCUCGCAUGUAUGAGCAUGUCACUGUUGCUCAAGCCGAUCUCAUUGAUCCAAGAACAGCGCCUGAGCAGAUCGACACCACAAUUCUGCAAUGUCUGAUUCAGAGCAGGCCAGUCUACAUCCAGGUGCCAGUUGAUAUGGUCUCUGCUCAAGUACCUGCAGAUCGACUUGCUUCACCUCUCACAAUACCUGACGUCAUCUCCUCUCCAGAUGCCGAUGCGGCGUUUACAGCGAUCCUGGAGAAGAUCAAAGCCAGCAAGCGGCCGAUGCUAUAUGUGGAUGGAGAGAGCCGAGCUUUCGGCAUGGUCGAUGACAUCCAGAAGCUGGUGAAGGAAACCGAAUGGCCGACGUGGACCUCUGUAUUUGGCAAGGACAUCGUCGACGAGACACUGCCUAAUGUCUGCGGAAUGUGGCAAAGCAAUUAUUCCAGCAAAGAAGAACUGGCAUACAUCAACUCGGCAGAUCUGGUCCUUUGCUUCGGCCCUCACUUCAGCAACACCAACACCUAUGCCUACACAACAAUACCUUCACCCGAGAAGACCAUUUUCUUCAAAGGCACAUCCGUCGUCAUUGGCGAUCGAAUCUUCAGGGAUCUUCCAGCGAAAGUGUUUCUCUCAGCACUGCUAUCGAAGCUAGAUUUGGCCGUGCUCAAACAGCAAGUCAACCCAGUAAACGCGUUCAAGCGACCAGCCGCACAAUCAACAGCGUUGCCACCAUCCUCGGAUCUGACCACCCAGGAGAACUUCUACCGUCCAUGGACCGAAUACCUUCGCACUGGCGACAUACUUCUUGCAGAGACCGGAACUCCCAGUCAUGGAACGCGGGACAUCUCCUUCCCUCCUCAUUUACGCUACUUCAGUGCCACUUCUUGGCUUUCAAUAGGCUACAUGCUUCCAGCAACCCAAGGUGCAGCUCUAGCGCAGCGAGAACUCUACGAAGCUGGGAAAUGGCAUGGAUCCAAGCCUCCAAGAACGAUUUUGAUGAUUGGAGAUGGAUCAUUUCAAAUGACAGCACAAGAAUUGAGCACAAUUAUCAAAGAGAAACUGAAUGUGACUAUCGUGCUGAUCAACAACGACGGGUACACCAUCGAACGAUGUAUUCAUGGCAUCGACCAGGGUUACAAUGAUGUGGCGAGGUGGAGAUAUCUUGGGGCACCUAACUUUUUCGGUAUAGGCCAACAGCCAGGCGGUGAAGGGUAUGUCGCUGAGACGGCCAGAGUUAGGGAUUGGGGUGAAAUGAAGACUGCGCUCGAAGCUUUUGAGAAGAGUGAAAAGCCGUGUUUGAGGAUGAUCGAGGUCAUCAUGGAGAGAGAGGAUUCAACGAAGGCUCUGAAAGCCAUGCUGGAUGCACAGAAGCUCAGCUCUGCAAAGAAGUGAGCAAGAAACGUCCGAGACAUUGCUAUAGAGGCUUUUCGCAGGCAUGAAAGGCAGGUCUCGGUCUGACAGACUACUGACUCUGACUCUGACUGUGGUCAUUGCCACGUCUCGCCAAAUUUGGGGCUUUCGUUGCCGCUUAUAUGGCAAUAAUGGCAUGUGGUACGAAACUAGUAACUAGAUGGGGUGCGGCGGAGAUUGCCGCCAGUAAGUCACGAAGGUAAUCCCCUGUUGUUCACUAUACAGAUGAACCUUCUCGGAGCAGAGUUGUAUACAGCGUCUUUACACUUGGGAGUGAAAGUGACUAGGCGCGGCCCGCUGAAUACAAGUUUCUACUCG